CUCAUUGCAUUCUUUAAAUAACUAAUUUGCAAUGCCGAUAUCAAUAUGCAUUGACAGUUCUCCACAAUUUCAUUGAAGUUUGCUCAGUAAAAAUAACAAAUCCAAUGCAUUUUUAUUUUUUAUUUUUAUUUUUUGUAAAUCCAGUAUGAAGAUUUUAUUGUAUAGCCAGUGCCAUCCAUUUUAGAAUGAGCUCUCUUCUAUUUUACUAUCAGCACAGCCAUAUCAAUAUACAUAUUUGAUUUUCUGAACAACAGAUUCCAAUGAACACAAUGCAGAUAAUUAUAGUUAUGAUACUGACAGCCAAACAGGAGUUUCGAUGGAUUAUGGUUGUCCAUGUUUGAAAUGGAAUCCUUUCCAACCUAAUCAUUGGGCAGCAUUGUGCAACAGUAGUUACAAUGAAUUACCUGCUCUAGGAUAUCAAGUUGAUGCAGACAAGGGAUUUAAUUUUUCAACAGUGGAUGACUCAUUUGUUUGUCAAAAGAAGAACCACUUCCAGGUCACAGUUCAUGUUGGCCUGAUUGGACACCCAAAAUAUGUUAAAACACCUACAGGUCAUAAACCAAUUGAAACAUUCUUCCUUCAAGUUUUUGGAGUAAAGGCUGAGGCUACAAAUCAGGUGAUCAGUGUUGAGCAAUCUCAAUCAGACCGCAGCAAGAAGCUUUUUAAUCCUAUAAGGAUUGAUUUGCCAGAAGACCAAACAACGAAAAUCACUUUAGGAAGAUUACAUUUUGGUGAGACAACGGCGAACAACAUGAGGAAGAAAGGAAAACCUAAUCCUGAACAGAGAUAUUUUAUGCUUGUGGUGGGCCUUAACGCUAUCAGUCAAAACCAGAGUUAUUUAUUAGUGGCUGAUAUAUCAGAACGGAUAAUUGUGAGAGCUUCAAAUCCCAGUCAGUUUGAGCAUGAUCGUGAAGCAACAUGGCAACAAGGACAUCUGCCCAAUACAAUUGCCUGUCAUGGUCAAGUGGGAAUCAACACGGAUAGUCCUGAUGAGGCAUUGGUCGUGUGCGGCAAUGUAAAAAUAAUGGGCACAGUCAUGCAUCCGUCUGACCAACGAGCAAAGGAGAAUAUCCAUGAGGUGGACACUACUGAACAGCUAAAAAGGAUAACGCAAAUGAGGCUCGUUGAGUAUGACUAUAAGCCUGACUUUGCAUUAAAAAUGGGAGUAGAUCGUGCUCAUGGAACUGGUAUGAUAGCACAAGAAGUGAAGGAGAUUUUGCCAGCAGCAGUAAAAGAGGUUGGUGAUGUGACCUACACCAAUGGAGAGAAGAUCGAGAACUUCCUCAUGGUUGAUAAAGAUCAAAUUUUCAUGGAAAAUGUUGGUGCCGUGAAGGAGUUGUGCAAGUUGACUGACAAUUUGGAAAAAAGAAUUCAAGAGUUAGAAGUCUGGAACAACAAUCUUGCCAAACUGAAGCAAAAUGGGAGCAGAAACUCCACAAUGAGUGAGAAAUACAGGAGCAGGGGGCAGAAAGCCUACUCACCUUAUAGCUGUGGCUCACACACUAUAUCCAGUUGUACGGGACGCAGUGAUAGGACAAGCAUGAUUAGUCGAUUGGGCAGUUUAGUAACUGCGGAGAGGCCUGUCAUGACCACGAAUAAGGCCUAUUUUAAACAAGACUGUUUUCCACAAAAGAUUUUCCAAAUUGUCAUCACGGCCUUGCUGGCUGUCAUGGCCUUUAGUAUUAUUUUGAUAUCUAUACUCUAUGUGCUAACUUUGAGUGAUGAGAGAAAUGAUAUCAAUCAUUUCAAUAGCAGCUGUAUUUCAGAAGUGUUGAGCACCAGUGGACAAACUACUGAUACAUCACAUACAACUUUGCCAGCAGAGACUGCAAUUUCAUUUUAUACAACACUAAAAGCUGAAACCUCCCAGCCUGAAGUGACCUUCUGCCAUAUCUUACCCUGUGUCACUGUGCAUUGCUGUGCCGAGCAGUCUCAAAUCAAAGGCAUUCCUUUCCAUCACAGAAAGAAGAGAAACCCUUAUCCUAUCUUACAAAAACUUACGGAAACAGGUAAGUUUUAUUGCACUACAAUAAAUGGAUGGUCAGGGCCAAGCCCAGCAUCAAAUAAAAAGAACAUGAAACAGGGUGAUUGGUUUGAUACAUCUGUUAGAUCAAUACAGGUUAUGGAAAGCCAACAAGUUAUUGACCAGCAGUUCUGUGCAAAAGGAGUUCACUGUGGGAAUGGUAACUACAAUUACGUAAUCCCAAUCAACAAAUACACUCCUGUAGAUAUGAGGAUUACAUUAGAAAUAAACACCACAGCACCCUUGCUUGUUUACAAAUGUACGAUGCACAUUGGCAGAACCUGCAGGAACUCUGUAAGGAUCACAACUAAAAAUGACGCUUGGCUAGAAAUGACACAGGGUUAUCAACACUUCUGGACCUUGCCUGUAGCACAUUUGCACAAUAGCAGAUACCACUUCCGUGUUGCUGCACCAGAUCUGGCAGAUUGUGGAACAAAUCAGGAUUUUGCUGGGAGAUUUUUUACAGAUUUUUACUUUUAUUUUUAUCGACAGUGUAACUAAUUUAGUACGAUCAAAAUCACAUGUGCAUUGAACUUGGACAUUUCUGUGAUCUGUGUUUCAUACACUUUGUAGUUUCAUCAAUAUGUUCAAGUGUUAAUCCACCUUCUUAAUCUUAGGUACUCAUGUUACAGGCCAGUUUAUGACUCUAGUUUCCUGAGGUACAAAACUAAUACAAAUUAUUGCAGAAAAGAUUUUGCAAAACAGUGUAUUGUUCACAAGACCACUAUUUGUAUUUUAAAUGAAUUGUUGAACAACCAUAAUUGUAAAUGUAUUUAAUUUUUUUUCUACCAAGGUUUAUAGAUUAAUGUUAAAAUUUCUACAAGGGUUAUUCACUCUUGGACUCUGAAUACUAUUUUAAGUUGCCAUAGUCGAUAUCGUACCCCAAACGCAAAUUAAAUGUGAUAAGAUUGCAAAUGUCUUAUUCUCUGUCUUGUUUGCUUGCUUCUGUGUGAGAGAGAUGUUGAUGUCUUGCAAAGUGAUGACCAUGUAUAACAGAUAGGAAGAUGGUACAAUGCAGAAUAACAGAUCUAAUCAAAGUAAGAGCAUUUGUGGUGGGAGUAAUGAAUGAUGGACAAAGGAAAUUGUUGCUCUGGGCCAUCUUAUUAAAAUAGUACGUGGGGAAAAUGUGUGUAAUAAAGAUAAAGGGAUCAUAAAAUAUAUUGAAUAUAAAGAUUAACAAGUGAAACUAGAGUUCUAUAGUCCUAAUUGACUGCCUUUGGAGCACUGUUUUCAAUGUUAUACUCUCCACCUUGAGCAAUGUGGGUUUGCAGGGUGCAGUUAAUAGAGUUACUGCCUCACAGCAAUAGUGAUCUAGGUUCAAUCCUGACUUGAGUUCCGUCUCCCUCUGACUGUGUCGGGUUCCCCCAGGUGCUCUUGUUUCCUCCCACAUUGCAAAGAUGCAUGGGUCUUGGGAGGUUCAUUGGCCACUACACAAUUGUGGGUAGUCUGUAAGUGAGAGGUAUAACCCAGCGAGGAGUUGGUGGGAAUGUUGGGAGAAUAAAACGGUCAAGGUCAGAUCAGUGAGGAAAUGGAUGGUUGAUAGUCAGCAUUUGCUCUGUGGGCUGAAGGGCCUGUUUCCAUGCACUAUCUCUCCAUGGCUAUAAACAGAAUCGAUGGACCAUUGUAUCUGAAAGACGUAUCCAAUUGGCCCCACAUACUCUCCCUGUUGCCUUGAAAAUCAUUCAAAUAAUCUAAAUAAAUAAAGAUGUGAAGGUGCAAUGAAUUAAUAUUCUAUUGUGAGCAGAGACUACAUUAAACAAAUUGAGUUUAGCUGCAACUAACAUUCAAUUAAUUGAUGCAUGGUUUAUUGUAAAUACAGGUUAUAUGUCUGUAAAAAGCACAGGAACUCUACAGGGCAAGCAUUCAGCUGUGAGAAGCAAGAGGAUUUAAAGACAUGGUUAGCUCAAAGGAAAAGGCUUAAAAUAUUGACAGAAUGAACAGUUUGCCUGCAGAUUGGAACAUUUAAGAUUUCAGUAAUGGAGGAUCCAGAUGUUGAUAAAAGAUAUGUAAGAAAUUAGAGUAAUCUAGCAAGAAGCAUAAA